AAUAAACAAUAAAACUCACCUCUCCAUACAUAGGGCUGUGGGUUUGACAGACACUGCCUUGGCCAUGCAUAUUGGAACGCGGCGGCGCUCGGCGGGGCUGGUGUUCGCUCGGGGGCUAUGAGAGCCUGUGCAGGAGGAUGUCAUCACCGCUCCGAGCGUCUGCCGCCGAAAGCUGCCGGCUGCAUCGCUUGGUGUGGGACGACAGGACGUCCGCCCUGGAGACGGAGCUGAACAGCAGUCGGCAUAACGUGGAGGAGGUGGACCCACGCGGGCGCACGCCUCUGCACCUGGCCGUCACCCUCGGGCACAUCGAGUGCGCCCGCCUUCUGCUCAAACACGGGGCCAAUGUGGCCGUGGAAAACCGGCAAGGAUGGUCCGUGCUGCAAGAGGCCGUGAGCACGGGUGACCCCGACAUGGUGCAGCUGAUCCUCCAGCACCGCGACUACCGUAGGGUGACGCGCCGCCUCGCCGGCAUCCCCGAACUCAUGGCCAAGCUCCGCAAGGCAACAGAUUUCUACGUGGAGAUGAAAUGGGAAUUUACAAGCUGGGUGCCUCUGGUGUCCCGCGUGUGUCCAAGCGACGUCUACAAGGUGUGGAAGUGCGGCUCAAACCUCCGUGUCGACACCACCCUCCUGGGCUUCGAUCACAUGACCUGGCAGCGAGGGAAACGAAGCUUCAUAUUCAAAGGGCAAGACAACGGGGCGGUGGUGCUGGAGGUGGACCACGACCGCUGCCUGGUGUAUGUGGAGACGCUGUCUCUGGCCGCCCCCGAGACGGACGCGCUGCUGCAGGCCGUGCGCCCCUCCGAGGCCCAGAUCCUGCUGCGCCUCUCGUCGCCCGUCGUGUCCACGCACGUCAACACCAAGAACAUCCAGUUUGAGAGGAACAAGUCCGGAAUCUGGGGGUGGAGAAGCGAAAAAAGUGAAACAAUUAACGGUUAUGAAACGAAGGUGUACAGCGCCUCCCACGUGGAGCUGGUGACGUGCACUCGGACGGAGCACCUCUCUGACCAGGAUAAAAACAAAACCAAAGGAGUGAAAACCACCCCCCUGCAGUCGUUCCUCGGGAUUGCCGAGCAGCAUGUCGGCUCGAACAAUGUGGCACAGAUCACGCAGAUGGCGAGCCCCACCAAUCCCACGGCGAUCACGGCCGCCGAGUACUUCAACCCCCGCUUCGCGCUCGGGGGCCGCGACAUCGGACGCCCGGUGGAGCUGACCGUGAAAACGCAGCGGUUCAAGGCCAACCUGUGGCUGUGCGAGGACCACCCGCUAUCCUUGGUGGAGCAAGUGAUGCCCAUUGUCGACCUAAUGGCCAUCAGCUACACUCACUUCGCCAAGCUGAGGGAUUUCAUCACCUUAAAACUUCCCUCCGGCUUUCCCGUGAAGAUUGAGAUUCCACUUUUUCACAUUCUGAACGCCCGCAUCACCUUUGGGAACCUCAACGGCAGCGGCGACGAGGCGCUGUCGGCAUGCGGCAGCCCCGACAGCGACAGCCAGUCGUCACCCAGCAGCGACAAUUCCAGCCUGGGCAGCGUCAACAGCUCAGGGACGCCGGUGUCGGCCUGGGUGAUGGACGACUCCGUGUUCGAGGUGCCCAAGGGCUACACAGUGGCCGGCCAGGCCAAGAGGCAGCCCAUGCGUGAUGAGGACGAUGCGCUGCUUCAGUUUGCGAUCCGCCAGAGCCUGCUGGAAGCUGGCACCGAGUCUGAUCAGGUUACCAUUUGGGAGGCGCUCACAAACAGCAAGCCCGGCACCCACCCACUGUCUUGCAACGAGGGAAACCAUGAAAGGCUCCGAACAAAGGCUCAGCAGGUCAAGAACAGCGCGGCUUGUACGGCGGAUGGCAGCGGCAGGAGCAGGAGCAGCAGCAGCAAUAGCAUCAGCAGCGGUACAAGCAGCAGCAAUCCUCUCCCGAAAACCAGCCGCAGCCGAAUCCUGUCUGCAGGUGGCAGCAACAGCCCUUGCCGCAUCUCCUCGUGGGUCAGCAACUACAGCCCCUGCAAGCUGCACUUUCGAAGCGGCGGCAGCGGCGGACGUAAAAUAUCCAUCGUGGCCAACAGCAGCUGCGCCCGCGUUCUGACUGCAGGGGGCAGCGCUCAGAGCAGCCCUCGACGUGUGUCGGCAGAGGGCGGCACGAGGGACGGCGGCACCCGUCGAGCAUCGAUCGAGGCCCGCAGCUGCAGCAGCAACAGCAGCAGCAGCGUUCAAGAGCUGCCCAUGCCGAGCAGCACGGGCAGCUCGCGCCGGGUGUCCGCGGAGGGCAGCGGCGCAGAGAGCCCGCCGCGGGGUGGCGGUGGCAGCGGCAGCGGCGCACGGGACCCGGGGCACGCCGGGCAGCGGAGGGCAGCUGACGCGGAGUAAAGGGGGGCAGCCGUUGUGGGAUUUGAGGGCCUGGUGGCCACCAGGUGUACCGUGUAAAGAAAUGUGCUCACUCACACUCCCCGUGGUUGGCCUUUACUGAUAUCGCGCUCUGCGUUUUAUGCUGCAGCUCUGGUUAUGGUUAUUGUCUCGGUGGUUUUUUGUUUUUGUUGUUGUUGACAAUCACGUUCACGUUUUCAGAAUAAUGUAACAACAACAAAGUGGCUUUUUAAAUGCUGUUUCGUUUCUUACGGCACUUUUAGCCAGCACUUCUCGUAGUUUGCACUCGUUGUUGUGUAAAAAAAUUGAAAUAAUUCUUGAUAGAGGUGAAAUGCAGGUGCGUUGACACCCCCAGUGUGGGUGUGUAACCACCAGUAGAGUGACCACCGUCAUAAACAUUCACAUUGGCUGCCACCUUUUCCUGACUUUCCCACGAUUGUGCCACUUUUUGAGGUACCUGAUCCUGGGAAAUCUUUAAGUCUACAUACCCAGGACAUCAAGAGUCGUCAUUGCUUUUGUCAGUUGCCUGAUCGUCGACGGACAAGAAGGAUGACAUACACACACCACUAAACAGAAAGACACUACCCAUGUCCCAGAUUCUCUGGAUUAUAACAUGCACUUACCCCCCCCCCCCUUUUGUAUUUAAAAGCAAAAUUUGGGGGGGGGGGCGGGGUGGCGUGCGCUAUGUAUUUGAGUCUUUGUGCGCUUAUCUGUGUGACCAGAUUCAUCUGACCUUUUUGGACAACGGGCACACGUUUUUUGGGCGAGGCUUUCUUCCCGGAGCAUCCUAUAGUCCAGAGAAUUACAGUCGUGCACUCUUGUGAUGCGACAUUGUGAGAUGUAUCAUCCUUCGUGCGACGUCCUGUGUUUUGUACCUCGGGAGGGUGACAACCCUAUUCAAUUCUCAAGUCCCCAUCUCCAGGAAUUUUGUAUCUUAAUUUCAAAUCCACCGGUGUCUAAAUUUUCUAGACCCACUGUAGUUAAAUCCCGUGUGGUGCAUUGGGACUGUUUAGCCACGAGUCCUGGACCUCAGUGUCUGCAGCCUUAGGGAAUCCUCAGCAGUACCACUGGCCACAACCAGCCAGGUGCCUCAACUGCAGAGUGAGUGGCUCGCAAUCAGAAGGUUUGAGUUCAGAUCCUAGAUUUGAAGUUUUCGUGACUGCAAGGAUUCAGUAAAGUCACGUAGGUAAAAAAAUGUAAUAAAUGAAAACAAUUCAAUGAAAUCACGACGUUUCGGGCGCAACACAAGCGUCCUCCUUCAGGUGGGGACAACGUAGCGAACGCACAACCUAAGCGGUUGUUUUCAUUUAUUUUAAUUUUUUACCUACGUGAAUUUACCGAAAAAAAACAAAGAGUAUAGUUGAGAUCCUGGUUGGAGGUUGACUCGAUCCCAUCAUCCCUCCGGCAUCGAUAAAAGGAGUACCACUUUAUGGGGGAAGUUAACGGUAGGCUUCUUCUAUGUACAGACUUGCCCUUGCCAUAAUAAUGAGGAAUUUCCACAACUGGCUCAAGGCUGUAAACAGGAGCUGAGCAACAAAUCAAUGCCUUGACUUUGACCACUGCUCCAACCACCUAACAUACGUCAGAGACAUUGGGGUUUUGGUGCAAGUCCGCUGCAAAUCACCUCGCGUUUGCGAUAUACAGUACUGUACACUGGAACUCUAAGCAACGUGGCAGCCACCUCUUUUGAGCUGAAAUUACGUAAUUAGAUUUGCACUUAUGUAAUUGUAAAAAAAAACCGUUCAAUUUAAGGCAUUAUUGCGUAGUUAGUAGUAGUACAUAGUGGAUUAUUAUUAUUUGUUGUGGCUAUAAGCAUUUUUUGUUAUGAAUUAUUGUAAUGUCACCAUGAAAAAGUUAUGUUACAUAUACAGUGCUGAUUCAGCGAGGGACUUUGCAGGGCAGUCCCACAAACUUCAGAUGUACAGUAUUUUAACCAGUUGGGAUUGUAAUUCAGAUAAACCCUAUUACCCAUAAGAAAGAUAUGCUCCAACUACCGCAGUGUCGGACGUGCCGAGACGAUCCAACUGUUUCAUCCGUGCUGGGAUGAUACUGAUGGUGCAUUACGUUUUUUGUGUACGUGUCAACCCAUUAAUUAAAUCCACAAAUAAGCCAUAUUUUCUAAAACUACAAUUACCUUCAAAGUGACACCCCCACGUGUUUCACGAGGAUUAUUUUGACCGAGGUCAAAUUUGUGGAACCUGCCCCGAUGCUUUAUAACAUGUACAUAUUUUACCAUGCUCGUAAUACCCUUUAUACAAUGCACCUAUAAGGCUGACACUCAUAAGUAAUUGCUGUAUUUUGUUAUGACAUCAAUAACAUUACACAAAAUAUUCCUUUUUGUUCACUUGACAUUUUGGCUUCAUCCCAUAGCCAGCGGCAAUUUCAGUAGCCGACAAUUUAAUGAGCUAAUUAAGCAAUUUGUAAGACAUUCAUACAAUAAUUCCUGUUAAGCGUCCCAUAAAACCAACUGACAGGGGUACUGCCGAUUAUUUACAGAGCUCCGCUGUGUCCUUAGCUGUCACCAGAUCUGUUUUACGUGUAAAAAUCUAUUUCAGGUUAAAGCGAAGAAAUGUGUGUUUUAAAUGUGUAGUUUACGUGCACUUACUCCUACCAUUACCACAUUUAUGCCUCGUUAAACGCCGUUGGGGUUAUGCACUUGCGUUUUUCUUUUUUAAAGCCACAAUGGAACGAUCUUCACAAACACUUGCCGUGUUCUUAAACAGCGAUGCGACGAUGCAUUGAAUCAUCAAUUCAUAUAGCUUCUUAAGUUGACAAAACAUCCAUCGAAUCACGUGUGCAAGAAUGUCCCCCCCCCCCCCAUGUGUAUAUGUUGUAUGUAAUGAGUUCAUGUAGCCCCCUGCAGUGACUCAUAGCCGCUACAUUCAUCACAAUGCAUCCAAUAAUCUCCAGAAUCAUGACAAUGUGCGCAGUCAUCCUGACAAUUAUUAGAAUUGUUACGCCUUCAAUGGCAGCUUCAUGAGCACGGCCUAUGAUCACCUACAAUAAUAACAACCACCCAUCUUUGCCAGUGUUUGAUCAUAUGUGGGUGUCUCUAAUUAUGUCCAAAUCAGAAUAUUCUGUUCAUAAACAUCGGAUCCACAUCAACUGCUCCAAUUAACAAGCCACUGCUUUUCUUUAACCCUACGCCUAUAACCUAACUACCCCAUCGUGGGUCUCGUAGAACAUCGUGUACAUCAUGAUAUAUCUACUGCCGGAUGAAGGGUUGCAUUAUCAAAUAGAUCCUGCAAAAGACUUAAUUGAAUAUAAUAACAAAUUUCACAAUAUUGGCAAGUUAACGUUCAAAUGAAACUCAGGAGGUGCCUUGUGCUCUGGUCCUUCCCGACUAUGGAGAGGAAUCUGACUUGGUGGAAAUAGAUGCAGUCAUCCAAGCUCUCACAAACAGAGGCCUAAAAAAAAAAUAUAAAGCAGUUAUAAAAAUUAAAGCAAAGUAUCCUCCCCAUAGAGGUUAGUCAGUUUAACACGUAGGCUUUCGCGACCAAUAUUAUUCAUA